AUGGAUCGAGUGUGUGCCUUUGUACCGUGUGCGUCUGGAAAUGGCAAGCUCAGACAGAUCAAGUACUGGGCUGUUGACAAGUUCCAUGCCCUGAAGCACAAGAAGACCUGCAAGCACAAUAUCCUGCAGGUGCGGCGGCUGGCGAACCGCUUCAAGAAGACCAAGACAUCUGCAUGUGAGCAAGUCUUCUCCUGGUUCAGGAACUAUGCCCGACUUCUGAAUGAGGCGCGCCCAUGGUGUCACGCCUUCAGUUCCUUAUUUUGCAAAGCUGCACAACGCUCACCACCUGAACCCAUUCCGGCCCACUGCCAAGCCGAAGCCGCGCAGCUACGCUUGCAGCAAGAUAGUGGCCGGGAAAGUCUUGAAGAGAUCCAUGAAGAAGCGAGCAGGUUGUGCAGCCAUGGCUGGAUGUGGUUGGCCCGUGGUCAGAAGCAGUGGCACUUGGUGACCUUGGAGGAGGCUGUGGCUGGCUGUGAGGCUGUGCCACAAGGGGCUCCCGAGGACCUUUUUUCAGUCAAGGGAUGCAAAGAGUUUGACGCCUGGCUGAAGCGUUUGAAUGUUCGGCAUCAGGCUUGGUGUGGCAACUUGUGCGAGGGCGAGCUGGUCUUUAUCCCUUCGGGUAUUUUGCAUGGAGUCAAGAACGUGGGCAAAGGAAUCAGUAUUGCUGUGUCCCACAAUUUCCUGGAUGAGACCUGCAUGACCUCCGUCCUCGGAUGCCUAAGACAGGCGUUGCAGAUGUUGCUGGAUGAGAUGUCUAGAAGGUCCCUGAGCGGCGCCUUAGCCUCGCUGGAGCAGCAGCUGGGGCCCCAAGCGCGGCUGCUGGCGACCAGCGCCGAGGUGUUGCUCCCGCGCUUGGAGAAGCGCGGCGUGGACGUGGCAGACCUCAUUGCCUUGAGCCGGAGCAGCGUUCUGUGGGUCGACCGCCGUGGCCAUCUACGUCUUCCCGAUGGCGCUGGAUGGAGCGAGGUGCCGCAAGCGACCGUGUAG